UAACAAACGCCAACCACCGCCGCGCCAAUCGCCCGCUAUAUUUGCUCGCCUUAGUUGGCCUCGCCGGCGCCGGCGACAAGAAAGGGAGAGGGAGUUGCCUGUUCCUGUUCCUGUUCCCAUGGUGGCGAGUGUCGCCGCGGCGCAUGCGGCCGCGGCGGCGGCGGGCGGCGGCGGCAGGCGGGCCAGGAGGGAGCCGGCGUCCAUGCACGCCGGCAUCCGGCGGUCGCGCUCCGAGCCGCACCUCCGGUGCUCCCGCCGCGGCGGGGCCGCGGGCGCCGCGCUCACCACCAGCCGGUCCAUCGGCGUGUUCCCGUUCCAGUUCGGCGCGGCGCCGCUGCGCCCGCCGCCGCUCCCCGACGGCGGCGGCGACGGAUCGCGGCUCCUCACCGUCACCGGAGACGACCCCGACGACGCCGAGCCGGAAAUGCCGGAGGUCAGGCGGCCCGAGGCCCACUGGCUCGACCGCCUCCUCGAGCUCCGGUCGCGCUUCCACGACCCGGCCAAGCGCCACUCCUCCGACAAUGACCUCUUCAACAACGCCGACGAGGACGACGACGUCUACCGCCUCGACGGCGACGAAUACCACCACCACGACGGCUGCGGCGUGAACUACGAGGACGACGACGAACACGUGGAUGGCAGGUGGGACCGGGAGUCCUUCAGCAAGCUGCUGGCGCGGGCCCCACUCGGCGAAGCGCGGCUGUUCGCGCAGCUGGCCUUCCUCUGCAACAUGGCUUACGUCAUCCCGGAGAUCAAGGUUGAGGAGCUGAAGAAAUACUACGGAUUACGGUUCGUGACGUCGUCGCUGGAGAAGAAGGCCGAGGCCGGCGAGAUCAGCUCCAAGUUGGACGUCGACUCCACCCGGCCGCGCGCCGCGCCGGCAUUCGAGGCGGCGGCCACCUCGGGGCCGCAGCCUCGGCGGCCGAUCCGGUCGCACCUUGCCUACGAGGUGGCCGCGUCGGCCGCCUCGUACGUCCACGCCCGCGCGCGGGGGCUCCUCUCGUUCGGCGGCGGGCAGCAGCCGCGAGCGGAGCGAGAGGCACGGACGCAGUCGGCGCAUGGGCGGCUGUACAACUCCGGCGUGGCGGCGUACGUGGCGGCGUCGACGGUGACGGCCGUGGUGGCCGCCGAGGAGGAGGCGCGGCAGGAGGCCGCGCGGGACCUGCGCUCGCCGCUGUCCUCGCCGUGCGAGUGGUUCGUCUGCGACGAGGCCGACGCGCGCACACGCUGCUUCGUCAUCCAGGGCUCCGACUCGCUCGCCUCCUGGCAAGCCAACCUCCUCUUCGAGCCCACAGUGUUCGAGGGGACGGGGGUGCUGGUGCACAGGGGCAUCUACGAGGCGGCGAAGGGCAUCUACGAGCAGCUAAUGCCGGAGAUCGCGGCGCACCUGGCGGCGCACGGCGAGCGGGCGCGGCUGCGGCUGACGGGCCACUCCCUCGGCGGCAGCCUCGCGCUGCUGGUGAGCCUGAUGCUGGUGGCGCGCGGGGUGGUCGGCCCGGAGGCGCUGCUCCCCGUGGUCACGUUCGGCGCGCCGUCCGUGUUCUGCGGUGGGCAGCGCGUGCUGGACGCGCUCGGCGUCGGCGAGGGCCACGUCCGGUCCGUGGCCAUGCACCGCGACAUCGUGCCGCGGGCCUUCUCCUGCCGCUACCCCGGCCACGCCGUCGCGCUGCUCAAGCGCCUCAACGGCGUGCUCCGCAACCACCCCUGCCUCAACAACCAGAGGAUGCUGUACACGCCGAUGGGCACGACGUACAUCCUGCAACCGGACGGCGCGGCGUCGCCGCCGCACCCGUUUCUGCCGGAGGGGGCGGCGCUGUUCCGGCUGGACCCGGACGGGCGCGCGGAUCGGCCGGCGAGGCACGUGGUGGAGAGCGCGCUGCGCGCCUUCCUCAACUCGCCGCACCCGCUGGAGACGCUGAGCGACCUGUCGGCGUACGGCUCCGAGGGCGCCAUCCUCCGCGACCACGAGUCCAGCAACUACUUCCGGGCGCUCAACGCGCUCACCAGGGUGCCCCGCCGCCGGAAGCAGCCGGAGAUCGUGUGGCAGCUGCCCGGCGUCGAGCGGCUGCAGCAGUACUGGUGGCCGGGGAUCGCCGGCACCGUCUUCCCGGCGCCGCCGGUGACGGUACGGAACAAGGAGCUGAUCACCGAGGCCUGAAUGUCUUUGCAUUGCCAUUGUUUUUGCUUCGCUUGACCGCAGUGUACAUUCUUUGGGUUUUUCUUUGGUUCUUUGGUUUGUUCGUCGAAUGGUACAUACAAAAAGGGUACAGCUUCUCUCUUGUUGUAGGUUUUUCUUUUUCUUUGUAAAUUUGUAAGCAAAUGGUAGUAGUUAUCUGUCCCGGUGGCUUGCCAAUCUCUGCAGGCUGGUGAAUAAAAUGGCAACUGUUCUUGCCAUGGG